CCGGGUCGACGCCAGUCGACGCCGGGCGUCCCGACAGAGCGGCCCGCCGAGUCUUCUUCGACGCGACUAACGUGCUUUACCCGAGACUCUCGUAACCCGGAGAGACCUCCUCAUAUCGCGUGCUGCUCGACGCCCUCGGGACGGUCGUCCCAGAGAUUUCUACGGCCGCAACGGACGAUACUUUAUCGAUUUUCAACCGAGGAAUGAGCAACUACUCGUGAAGUUUAAUUUUUUAAUCGCUCGAUUUUCGACACCCGAAACAUCGUCGCCGAGUCCAACACGAUCGUCCGACGAUAAAGUUACGAAUCGCGGUAAAACGCGAUCAUGUUCAGAACGGAUUUGAUUUUUUACAAAAUUUUGAUCCCCCAAAUAUUUUAUUCAAAAGUGUGCUAGUUUUACCGAUCGAAUAAUUCGUAAGAGAUAAACAUUUGGCGAAAGACGAGACGAGAAGGAAUUUUUUUCGAACAAGAAAAAAACAAACAAAAAACAACAAAAAAAAACCAACGGAUAUACUCAAGAAAUAUAUAUAUAUACACAAAGAGACACACGGCGAAAAUUGUUCAUCGGGUGGUGUGCUGGUUCAUCGAUGGUCUACGGAGAAGAAGCGAAAAUAUCGUUAAGGGUGCCGGUUACCGAUCGACCCGUACGAUUUGAUCGGACGACGUUUUGUGAGGGUGGUCAAGCGACGCGAUGAAAUUUGGUCUGCAAUCGAGGAAGGGGAGGCGUCCCGACGCCGAUUUCACCUUCGUUGUCGGUCUGCCGAACAUGGCAAAGAUCUGCUUCGCGUUCAGCCUCGUGUUCCAGAUUCUGAGACUGGGACAACUUGCGGCCGCAGCUACUACCGCUCCAACCUUCGAUCCGGAAUUCACCGAUUCUAUCGAGAAUAUAACGGUACCAGCCGGGAGAAACGUAAAGCUGGCUUGCAGUGUGAAAAAUUUAGGCUCCUUCAAGGUCGCAUGGAUGCACUUCGAGCAGAGCGCGAUACUGACUGUUCACAAUCACGUGAUAACAAGGAAUCCGAGGAUAUCGGUUACUCACGACAAACACCGGACUUGGUUUCUCCACAUAAGUAACGUCCAACAAGAAGACAUGGGUAGAUACAUGUGUCAGAUAAACACGGUCACCGCCAAAACGCAGUUCGGCUACCUCCACGUCGUAGUUCCACCCAACAUCGAUGACUCCACGAGUUCCUCCGACGCUAUUGUGAGGGAAGGUGCCAACGUCAGUCUCACUUGCAAGGCUACCGGAAGUCCACCGCCGAAUAUACGCUGGAAACGGGACGACGGAACGAAAAUUUCGAUCAACAAAGCCCUAACAGUGUCCGAGUGGGAAGGCGAGACAUUGGAAAUGACGCGUAUCUCCAGGCUCGACAUGGGCGCGUACCUCUGCAUCGCCAGCAACGGGGUUCCUCCCACCGUCAGCAAGAGGAUCAAGGUCUCCGUUGAUUUUCCGCCGAUGCUGUGGAUACCUCAUCAGCUGGUCGGUGCGCCCCUCGGCUACUCCGUGACCCUCGAGUGUCACUCGGAGGCUCAUCCGACGUCCCUGAACUACUGGACCCGCGAGGACGGUCACAUGAUACACGACAGCAAGAAACACAAGGCGGUCACGGUGCCCGACAACCCGACCUAUAAAACCCACAUGAAGCUCACCAUUUACGACAUACAGAAGGAGGAUUUCGGCAGCUACAAGUGCGUGGCGAAAAAUCCGCGCGGCGAAACGGACGGCACGAUAAGGUUGUACGUUUCGGACCCGCCGAGCACCAGCCCGAGUCCACCGACUACCGAGUUGUCGAGGAAAGACUGGGAGUCAAUGGCGGAAUUGAAUAAUUCCGUUUACGGUAACCCGAGCUCACUGACUAUUCACAACGAGAAGGGGGCGAAAAUCGGCAGCAAGUUCCAGUCGAAUCUGAACGAGAUCGACAAAUCGGAACAAAAGUCCGGCGAAUCUGACAGAAAGAGGAACUCUAAAUGGUCCCCGGAUGACAACGGUGGCAGCGGGACGGAGCUCGCUUCAACCCUGAUUCUGGUGUAUCUGGGUGUGGCGGGUGUUUUGGCCGUCCGAUAAACGCACGCUGUGAGCCGCGACAGGAUCAGCGUCGGCAUUUAUCGUCAUCGACGUAACGUAACGAGCGUUCUAAAACCGAAGGUCGCGGAAUAAGGGAAAAUAUAGAGCUCCGGAAGAUGGAAAAAUAUGCAGAAAAUAUGCAGUUAAAAGAAAAAAAAAAAAAAAAAAACACAAGAUAUGCAAAAUAAAGAAAAUGCUAACAAUUGUAAUUACGAACUCGAUAAGAAAUAAUAAAGACUGACUGAGUAGCUAGUGCCGUUUAAAGUUAUUGAAAACGAAGUAAGACAAAAAAUUGAAAUAAAAUAAAUAGUUAAAAACAAAAAAAAAAAAAAAAAAAAAGAAGACGAUAAAGAAAAGUAAACGCGUAUAACCGGCUUAUUCGAAUGAGACGCUGGUGCGCAUAGAAAUUGAGUUUGAUAAUAGAAAAUUUGAUAAACUUAAAGUUACACACGCGCAUCACGAAUUGAUAUAAUUUGGAAAUAAAAAAAAAAUAAAAAAAAUAAAAAAAAAAAACAAACUAACAAGAAAAGACAAUUUUCUCAGGGCUACAAACGGAGACCAGGGAAUGGAUGGAUAGCGGUGCAGAUAUACGUAUACAUACAACGAUUCUAUAGAAGGUUAAAUGAAAGAAAGAAAUCACGCGCAACGCUUUUACCGUGCCAUGAUCAAUAUUGUAUACAAACGAAGAGACGAAAGGUCGAGGAUGAUAAACAAAAGUCGAUAACGUGUCACAUCUCCUCUUUAACGGGUGAAACUUUUCAUUUGUAAACCACCUGUGUAAGAAAUAUGAUACAUCGUACAUCUCAUUGUUAUUGUUAAUUUAUUUUCCGCGUAGUCCACGUAAUUUUACCGAACAAACAUAGUGCGUGUAACACGCCGCGGGCUCGAGGUAGGAAGGUACGGCCGGGUAUCAACGUUUGAAAUAACGUCCUUGUAUCAAAAAACCGUGCGAAAAUAGGGGCGGUGUUGAGAUUGGAGAGAUCCGAGAGAUUCGAAGGGCCACGCGGCCACUGAUUUAUGAAUAUUCCAUCAUACCCCGACUUAACGAAGAGACGCGGUUUAUACGGCGAAAUGUUUGCCGACCGCGAAAUGCCCGGACCUUUAUGUAUAUAUGUAUACAUGGAUAUGUAUAUACAUGGAUCCGAAAACCCGCUCAAGUAUAAACGGAAUCCGCAAGAACGGCGAACCACCCUCUUGACCAACGCCAGUUUCAUUCCUCCGAGGACUACCCUACGUUUUUCCAUUCUACCGUCGUUCGCCGUCACCGGAAAUUGGUUCGCGCGAACGUAAAAUAAUUUUUACAAAUCGUUCGGAACUAAUUGAAAAAACGAAGAAAAAUCGAUCGAACGAAUAGAUCUAUUCGACAACGAAUCGAUCGCCAUCAUGAUCGCCGGCGACGGGAGUGUUCGAUGUUAUGAGAAAAAUCGCGCGACGCGCGUAACGCGAAUUUUUCACAGUAACCAAGCCACCCGCGUUGUUAGUAGUAACGAUCAACUUCAGGUCAGACGCUCUCGCGAUUCCAGUAGAGGCUCUCGAGGUUCGAUGCGGCAGCAGCGGCAGCUAGCUCACGCCCCAUUGACCGUGGGGACGACGCGACGGUAGAUUUCAACGGUCCGUGAUAAUUGUUAUCCUGACAAUAUCCAUUGAGCCAUUAAAUCCGAGUUGUCCUCGGUCGAACGUGUAUCGAUAACAUUUUCACGCUUCUGACUCAACGCCGGCUAGGCUAAUCCAUAUAAUGAAAAUGGAAUAACCGACGCGCCUUACACGGUUUUCAUUGAUUUCACUUGCUUUCGAGAUACGGAAGAAACGAAGCAAAAA